CCGGGAACACAAUUCGCACCGCGUCGCUCCGGAAGUCCGGAGCCGUGGACCGGACCACGCCGGGAGAGCGGAGACGACAGCAGCUGCCGCGAUUCCUCUGUCCAUGUUCAUGUCGCGCUGAGGCUGAGACCUGAGAGGGGAGACGAAGCCCCGCGCGAGAUGGCGGUGGACGCGACCACGGCCAUGACCAUCGACUUCCUCCGCGCGCGCCUCCUCUCCGAGCGCUCCGUCUCCCGCGCCGCCAAGGAGCGCGCCGACCAGUUCUCCAAGCGGGUCGCGGAGCUGGAGGAACAGCUCCGGACGGUGACGACCCAGCGGCGGAAGGCGGAGCGGGCCGCCGCGGAGGUGCUCGCCAUCCUCGAGUCCCAGGGCUUCGACCGCUUCUCCGACGCCGCAGAUUCCGAUUACGGCGACGACGACGAGACUGGUGGCCCCGAGUCCGCCGAGUGCGGGAGUGGCGGCAAGGCCCGCGUGGAAGCGGAGGAUGCGCUGUCCAGUUCGGAGCUGGGAGGCCCGACUGGGGCGCCUCAGGCCGCCGGGGCGCUGUCGUGGAAGGGCCGCGCCGGGAGCCCUGACUCGGACAGGCGGCAGCCGCAUCAGAAAGUUAGGCAACUCAGGCAGAGGCAUAGCCAUAAUAACCACAGGAGGAGCUACUUUUACUUGCUCACCGCGGAUUCGUCGCCCAAGUACCAGCCGGGGCAGUCCUGCCGGAAGAUCAAGAGAAAGGAGCUAAUAAGAUUGCAAACUGAAGGUGAGGAUGGCAAGGACAAUGUUGCCCUGAGUCUGGAGGAGCAGGAAAGAUCAGAUUGCACAGUUUGCACCGAUGAGCAACAUGAUUUGGAUGGCGAGGUGAGCCAAGAUGGGCGAGGUUCUUGUUGUGACAGAAGAACUGAGGAUGUCAAUAAAAGGUACACCAUGGAGUAUGAGAAGGAUGAGGAAAUGGAAAGGGUGCUUGAGAAGCAGGCUGAGUUUAUUGGGCAGUAUGAGGCAGAAGAAAAUGCUCAGAGGGAGUGGGAGAAGAAAUUCAGUGGAAGCCAAGAUUCAACUGUGGAUGAUGUUGACCUAGACAAUAAGUUAAAUCAGAAUGAACAAACUUGCAAGCAGAGGGGCAAAGCUGCUCAGAUUCUCGAUAGACAAGUUGUUUGCGAAGAGAUAAGGUCAAGUGAUAAAGAUCUCUUCGGCAUCAAUAGUUCAUCAGAAUGUCUCUUGAAUGGCUCCUCCUCUGGCUUGUCCACAAAUGUUCCAGAAGUAAGUUUUAUUGGGAAGUGCAAAGAAUCUGAUCAGGAUUUUCUGCAGGCUACUGUAGUGGUUGCUUCAGUUGAUAGUGAGUUGCAUGUUAGAAAGGAUGAGUUGGUAAAUAGAAGUUAUACUGAAGUUUUUGAAGGAAGUGGGAAUAAUAUUGGAAGAUCAAUUUCUUCACCAAAGAAAAGCUAUAAUAGCAGCCCAAAUGCAGGACAUAGUAAAGGUCAAGGAGAUGAAAAUUCAGACACUAGUUCAAACUACCAUGCAAAUUCUCACUCAUAUGAGCACUACAUGACAACACCAUCAGUCGGAAGUUCAUUAAGUGAUACCCCUAAAAGCAAAGUAUCUGAAUGGAGUCUGUCAUGCUUUCAUAACCAUACUGAUAAUCAGAUUGACACGCAGCUGUAUCAACCCUCAAGGGAUGAUGUGGGAGGUGUUCUAGAGGCCCUUCAACGUGCCAAGAUAUCCCUCAGAGAAAAGCUGAGAAGGCCAAGUCCACCCAGCCAAGACAUGUUGACACUUCCAGCACCAGAGGAUCACUACACAAAUGAUGAUUUGCCUGUCAACGACACAGAACUUUCGCUUUGCAUAUCACAACGGUUUAGCCAGGAAAUAUUGUCACUACCAGCAUCAGAAGACUGUCUUAACAGGAUCGAUUUACCAGGUGAUGAUGCAAAGGUACCAGUUGGUCCUGCUGGCUUGUUCCGGUUACCAACAGACUUGUUUCCCCAAAACAGGGCAUGUUCAACUGAUGGCUAUGGUUCAAGGUUCAGUUUGACAUCAAGUCAGCAAACCAUCUACUCGAGCAACCCUGCUAAUAAUAUCAUGUCAACUGCAUCACUUCCUCAAUAUGGUUCUCAGUUCUCACUGAAUCCGUAUUACCAUCCUCAUAAUUCUAUGUUGCUGUUAAUGCCUAUUGAUGGUGGGCAUAACUUCCCAGUGUCAGACUUUGCAACAGGAGAUGGCUCUUUCAUCCCUGAAACAAGGUCUAGCAAUGUUUUAAGAAGAGGAAUGCCUUCUGGAGAUGCAAGCAUGCUCUUCCAGUAUAGUACUGCUUAUAACCAAUAGCUGGAGUGCAGUAGCUAGCCAUGCUUAGGACUUAGUCCAGGGAUAGUUUUUGUGUUAGAUGGUAUUUGUUGCACUAAUUCUGCCUAUGGUGAUAGUGAUGUGCGUCAUGUUGUAUUGCUAUCCAAUAACAAGUUUUGUUUAUAAGCAGCGUUUGUUAUUUCUUGUGCUCUCGAGAGCCACUGGAACUGGAAGCUGGUACUUUUAUAUAUACAACUGAGUGUCAUGGAAACCAA